ACCACUCUCUGCAGGUUCCUGUGAUUAAGGGAAGUACAGUUCCCAUACCAGGCAGUGAUGCAGCCAGUCAGGGUGCUCUCAAUUGUUUCCCUGUAGAAAAUUCCUAGGAUUUCGCCCCAUCCCGAACUUCUUCAGCCAUCUGAGGUGGAAGAGGUGCUGCUGUGCUCUUUUCACAACACAGCCGGUUAAAAACGAGAAGGAAUUUGUCUCCAGGAAGCUCAAACAUGACACGCCAGUUUUGCUGUCUCUGUCUAGAUAUUUAAGAAGUGGAGCAAGGGAUUCAAUCGACCAUCCUUCCUGCUCAGACUGUGGGGAUGGAUUCACUCGGUUAACUGACCAACUGGCAUGUCUGUCAUUUUACACAGGAGAAAGGCCAUUCACCUUCUUAGACAGUGGGAAUGGAUUCACUCGGUCAUCUCAACUGAAGGUACAUUAGCAAGUUCACACUGGGCAAGGCCAUUCACCUGUUCUGUGGGUGAGAAAGGAUUCAAUCAGUUUUCCCACCUGUGGACACACCAGUCAGUUCACACCAGGCAGAAGCUGGUCAUCUGCUGAAUUUCUGGGAAAAGAUUCACUCAGUCAUCUGACUUAAUGGCUCACCAGGGAGUUCACAUCAGGGAGCGGCCAUUCACUUGCUCAGUCUGUGGGAAGAGAUUCAUUAAAUCAUCCCACCUUCUGAGUCAUCAGCGAGUUCACACUGGGGAGAAGCCGUUCACCUGCUCAGAAUGUGGGAAGAGAUUCUCUGAGUUAUCCAACCUACAGAAUCAUCAGCGAGUUCACACUGGGGAGAAGCCAUUCACCUGCUCAGAAUGUGGGAAGGGAUUCACUCAGUCAUCCCACCUGCAGAGACACCAGCGAGUUCACACUGGGGAGAAGCCGUUCACCUGUUCAGACUGUGGGAAGAGCUUCACUCACUUAUGCAACCUACAGAAUCAUCAGCCAGUUCACACCGGGGAGAGGCCAUUCACCUGCUCAGAAUGUGGGAAGGGAUUUACUCAGUCAUCCAGCCUACUGAGUCAUCAGCGAGUUCACACUGGGGAGAGACCCUUCACCUGCUCAGAAUGUGGGAAGGGAUUCACUCAGUCAUCCCAUCUGAAGGUUCAUCAGCGAGUUCACACUGGGGAGAAGCCGUUCACCUGCUCAGUCUGUGGAAAGGGAUUCACUGAUUCAUCCACCCGGCAGAAACAUCAGCGAGUUCACACUGGGGAGAAGUCGUUCACCUGCUCAGAAUGUGGGAAGGGAUUCACGGAUUCAUCCUGCCUACUGGUACAUCAGCGAGUUCACACUAGGGAGAAGCCGUUCACCUGCUCAGAAUGUGGGAAGGGAUUCACUCAGUCAUCCCACCUGCAGAGACAUCAGCGAGUUCACACUGGGGAGAAGCCAUUCACAUGCUCAGAAUGUGGGAAGAGAUUCACUCAAUCUUCCACCCUACAGGCACACCAGCGAAUUCACACUGGGGAGAAGCCAUUCACUUGCUCAGUCUGUGGGAAACAAUUCACUCUGUCAUUCCAACUACUGAAACACCAGCGAGUUCACACAGGGGAACGGCCGUUCGCCUGCUCAAAAUGUGGGAAGAGAUUCGCUGGAUCAUCCAACCUACAGAGACAUCAGCAAGUUCACACUGGGGAGAAGCCGUUCACUUGCUCAGUCUGUGGGAAGGGAUUCACUCAGUCGUCCCAACUACUGUCUCACCAGUCAGUUCACAAUGGGGAGUGGCCAUAGUUAUGAAUCCCUGGGUUUCGUUUGCUGCGGACUGUCAUUUUAAGAUAGAGCGAGAGAGAUUACGAAGGUGAAUCAGUCUGACUUGCAGCUUGUUUACAUCCCUUGCAGCUUGUUUCGUUUUAACCAAGGACACAGACAAUCAGAGUCAGACAGAGACGAAGGAGGAAAAAUGGAAGGAUCGACACCUGGGAACUAGAGGCCAACUAGAGUUUGGAACUUUCCUAUGCCCACAAGGUCGGGUUAAUUAUCAAUUCACCAUACAUCAAAUUUGUAGUUGUCACCGUGUUUGAUCCAUAGGAGUGGAUCUUAUUUGGGGUGUCCUAUGAAGACCACUGAUGUGUUAACCCUUCCCUGGGAGUGGUGUGGUAAUUCACUUGAAGACGAUACCGCUUGUGACAAGUCACUUUCGGUGAUAAAUCUUAUGAGGGUUUGGAAUGACGACAAAUAAAAUCGACAGCGACUGUUGUGUGGUUUUACCACCAUGGAACCUGUGGAAUUCAACAUAAUUGCCUUCUCUCAACACUUACCCUGGAUUUCAAAUAUCUCUCUCAUCACCUAUUCUGUGGUUGAACUGAACUUUUAUAUUUUACCAUCCCAAGACUCCAAGCCUUGUUUCUCCCGAGCUCAAUAGUUUGGGAGUUUUAUUUAAACACAUAUAUACACAUAACACUGUUAACUUUUGUUUAUCUUGCUUAAGUUACUAUAUUACAAGUAGAUUCGAAUAAAGAUAGUUUUAACAUCAAAAACAGACUCCAGGUAUAGUCUAUUGCUGCUGGUUCGUUUCUAAAACGUUAUGAUUCGUAACAAAAUUGGGGCCUGCAUCCAGUAUAUGAACAGAUUUGGAGGCGUAUUCAUUAAUUAUCAAUUUCAUCCCUUUUCAUUGAUUUGUGUGUGGAAAAUCAGCAGCAAUGGAUGCUGACCAACCUCUGAGGCAUUAGAGGACGCCAGAAGGAUUGAGUUGUUGAGUCUUGCUAGAAGGUUAAAACUUGCUAAGGUGAAAUUGACAAUGAGGAGGGCACAGAUGCAGACGAUAAUAGCUGAACAUUAUGAAUUUGAUGGUGUGUUUAAAGUAGAGGAGUUGGAGGUGUUUCCUGAAAGUAAACCUAGUGAGCUUGAGGCCAGUACAAGUAAGAAAAAUUAAAGCUGGAGGCUGCGGAAAGGCAGAGGCAGUUUGAGGCUAGAGAAGCAGAAAAACAAAGAAGAGGCAGAAAAAUAGAGGGAGAUGAAGCGGUUGCAGCAAAGGAGUCCAGCAUUUUUCUCUGGUGAUAAAUUUGAGGCCAGUUGGGAAGUUAAAUUCGUCCCUCCAUUUGACGAGGCAGAGAUUGAUAAAUACUUUCAGCAUUUUGAGAAGGUUGCUCAGAGUUCGUCCCAGAAUCAUACAGGCAAAAGUUUAGAAAUUUUAGGAAAUCUGUGAAACAGACUUUUAUGGAAUUUGCUUAUGAGAAGAUUGUGUGUUUUGACCGCUGGUGCACAUAUAAAAAUGUGAAUGAUGAUUUUAACAGCUUGAAAGAGUUGGCUUUAAUUGAAGAAUUCAAAAGGUGCGUCCCUGAUGACAUAAAGACAUAUUUAGAUGAAAAGGAUGCUGCCACUUUGCAGGAGUCUGUGAAACAGUUGAAGGAGAAAUAUUCUGGUCUUACUUGUUACUAUUGUAAGAAAGCUGGUCAUGUGAUGGCUGAUUGUUCUGUCCUGAAGAUGAAAAAGGAAAAGGAGGCAGUCCCAAAUGCCCGUGGUCAGUACGUUGAAGCACCUAUAAAUCCGCAGGGUCCUGAACAUUCUAUUGAGGCUCAGUUAAGGUCUGAGAGGUCUGACCGAGUUAAGAAGGGAUUGGAUCAUUUUAUGUCAGAUGGGUUUGUAUUAGUAAAGUAAGGGUCAACCCCGGUAACAGUGAACAUUUUUUGAGUUACUGGGGCUUCUCAGUCACUUAUAUCAGACGGUGUUCUAAAGUUUGGUGAUGAUUCUAACACUGGUGAGGUAAAUCUCAUUAAAGUCAUUGGGGGCGACAUGGUUUCCGUGCCAUUGCACAAGGUAACUUUACUGUCAGGGUUGGUUUCAGGACCUGUUAAGAUCAGAUUAUGCUCCAGUUUACUGGUGGAAGAUGUUAGUUUGCUGUUAGGGAAUGACCUGGCAGAUUGUAAAGUUGUUCCUGCAGUGCAGUUGACAACUAACUCAACCACUGACGACCCACAGAUGGAUUUUAACAUUUAUCCUUCCUGCACAGGAACUCGAAGUAUGGCUAAAAUGUCUGCCGGCGCAGACGAGCUUACAGCAGAACAGAACCAAGACCCUGAGAUUGAAGCUUUAAAAGAAACAGCUGUCUCAGAUGAUGAGAUUAUGAAAGUGCCAGCAGGG